CCCCCUGGGCGUGGUGGCCUGGCGUUGUGCGCUGAGCUGUCGCCUCUGCAGUCGCCGGGACCAGUGCAGAGGCAGCCAAGCGUCUGGAGAGGGGUGGCGAGAAGAAAGACUGGGCUACCCCGAAAGAUCAGCGAGACCCGGAGGCCAGAGACCGCUCCUUGGAAGACGUGGGACUUGGGGCGCGAAUUUCCUUGCCCUCUCGGGACGCGCGCGGGGUACCCUCUCCAUGGCCGGGGUUCCCAGGCGCGUUCGUUGGGGCGCCCCCGCGAUUUUCUACCUUGUGGGACCCCUGCUGUACGGCCUGCUCUUGCCAGGGACUCUCGCCUUUAAUCUGGACGUGAUGGGCGCCCUGACCAAGGAGGGCGAGCCGGGCAGCCUCUUUGGCUUCUCUGUGGCUCUGCACCGCCAGUUACAGCCGCGACCCCAGAGCUGGCUGCUGGUGGGUGCUCCCCAGGCCCUGGCUCUGCCCGGACAGCAGGCGAAUCGCACUGGAGGGCUCUUUGCCUGCCCCCUCAGCCUGGAGGAGAAUGACUGCUACAGACUGAACAUGGACCCAGGAGUGGACUUACAGAAGGAGAGCAAAGAGAACCAAUGGUUGGGAGUCAGUGUUCGGAGCCAGGGGCCUGGCGGCAAGAUUGUUACCUGUGCACAUCGUUACGAGUCUCGGCAACGCGUUGGCCAUUUCCUAGAGACGCGGGAUAUGAUCGGUCGCUGCUUUGUGUUGAGCCAGAAUCUGUCCAUCCAUGACCUGGACGGUGGGGAGUGGAAGUUCUGUGAAGGGCGACCCCAGGGCCAUGAACAGUUUGGGUUCUGCCAGCAAGGCACUGCCGCUGCCUUCUCCCCUGACAGCCACUAUAUUCUCUUUGGGGCCCCAGGAACCUAUAACUGGAAGGGCACCGCCAGGGUGGAGCUCUGUGCCCAGGGCUUGUCGGACCUGGCACACCUGGAUGACGGGCCCUACGAGGCGGGGGGCGAGAAGGAGCAGGACCCCCGCCUCAUCCCAGUCCCUGCCAACAGCUACUUUGGGUUGCUCUUUGUGACCAGCAUUGAUAGCUCAGACCCUGACCAGCUGGUGUAUAAAAGUUUGGACCCCGCUGACCGGCUCCCAGGACCAGCCGGAGACUUGGCCCUGAAUAGCUACUUAGGUUUCUCCAUCGACUCGGGGAAGGGUCUGGUGCGUCCAGAGGAACUGAGCUUUGUGGCUGGGGCCCCCCGUGCCAACCACAAGGGUGCUGUGGUCAUCCUACGCAAAGAUAGUGCUAGUCGCCUGGUGCCUGAGGUUCUGCUGUCCGGGGAGCGCCUGACCUCUGGCUUUGGCUACUCGCUGGCUGUGGCUGAUCUCAACAAUGAUGGCUGGACAGACCUGCUAGUGGGUGCUCCCUACUUCUUUGAACGCCAGGAAGAGCUGGGUGGUGCCGUGUAUGUAUACCUGAACCAAGGGGGUCACUGGGCUGGGAUUUCUCCUCUUCGUCUCUGCGGCUCCCCCGACUCCAUGUUUGGAAUCAGCUUGGCCAUCUUGGGGGACCUCAACCAAGAUGGCUUCCCAGAUAUUGCUGUGGGGGCUCCCUUUGAUGGAAACGGGAAAGUCUUCAUCUACCAUGGGAGCAGCCUGGGGGUUGUUGUGAAACCCUCACAGGUGCUGGAGGGCGAGGCUGUGGGCAUAAAGACCUUUGGCUACUCCCUGUCAGGAGGCCUUGACAUGGAUGGGAACCAUUAUCCUGACCUGCUGGUGGGCUCCCUGGCUGACACUGCUGUGCUUUUCAGGGCUAGACCCGUACUCCAUGUCUCCCACGAGGUCUUCAUCGCCCCACGGUCCAUUGACCUAGAGCAGCCCAACUGCGUGGGUGGCGUCUCUGUCUGUGUGGACAUAAGGGUCUGUUUCAGCUACAUUGCCACUCCCAGCAGCUACAACCCUAUUGUGGCCUUGGAUUAUGUGAUAGAUGGAGACACAGACCGGAGGGUCCGGGGCCAGGUCCCCCGGGUGAUCUUCCUGAGCCGUAGCCCGGACGACCCCAAACACCAGGCCUCACACACUGUGUGGCUGAAUCAUCAGCAUCACCAAGUCUGUGGAGACACCAUGUUCCAGCUCCAGGACAAUGUCAAAGACAAGCUUCGUGCCAUUGUGGUGACCUUGUCCUACAGCCUCCAGACGCCUCGACACCGGCGACAGGCUCCUGGCCAGGGGCUGCCACCUGUGGCCCCCAUCCUUAAUGCCCACCAGCCCAGCACUCAGCGGGCAGAGAUCCACUUCCUGAAGCAAGGCUGUGGGGAGGACAAGAUCUGCCAAAGCAACUUGCAGCUGGCACAGGCCCGUUAUUGUGCCCGUGUCAGGGACACAGAGUUCCAGCCUCUGCCCAUGGAUUCAGAUGGGACAACAGCCCUAUUUGCACUGAGUGGGCAGCCUGUCAUUGCUCUGGAGUUGACGGUCACCAACCUGCCCUCGGACCCAACCCAGCCCCAGGCUGAUGGGGAUGAUGCCCAUGAAGCCCAGCUCCUGGUUACCCUUCCUGCCUCUCUGCACUAUUCUGGAGUCCGGGCCCUGGAGCCUGCGGAGAAGCCUCCAUGCUCGUCUAAUGAGAAUGCUUCUCAUGUUGAGUGUGAGCUGGGGAACCCCAUGAAGAGGGAUGCCCAGGUCACCUUCUACCUCAUCCUCAGCACCUCAGGGAUCACCAUUGAGACCACAGAGCUGGAGGUGGAAUUGCUGUUGGCCACGAUCAGUGAACAGGAGCUGUACCCUGUGUCUGUCCGUGCCCAUGUCUUCAUUGAGUUGCCACUGUCCAUCACAGGGGUGGCCAUUCCUCAGCAGCUCUUCUUCUCUGGUCAAGUGUGGGGCGAGAGUGCCAUCAAGUCUGAGUGGGAAGUGGGCAGCAAGGUCAAGUACGAGGUCACGGUCUCCAACCAAGGCCAGUCGCUCAAAACCCUGGGCUCUGCUUUCCUUAACAUCAUGUGGCCCCACGAGAUCGCCAACGGGAAGUGGCUGCUGUACCCCAUGCGUGUGGAGCUGGAGGGCGGGCAGGCCCCGGGGCAGAAGGGACUCUGUUCCCCCAGGCCCAACAUCCUCCGCCUGAAUGUAGGCAGCAGGGACCGCAGACGGCGGGAGCUGGAGCAGCCAACACAGCAGCAGCCUCAGGAGCAGCUGGAGCCCAGUACGUCUUGGUGGCCAGUGUCCUCUGCUGAGAAGAAGAAAAACAUCACCCUGGACUGUGCCCGGGGCACGGCCAACUGUGUGGUGUUCAGCUGCCCCCUCUACAGCUUUGACCGGGCAGCUGUGCUGCACGUCUGGGGCCGCCUCUGGAACAGCACUUUCCUGGAGGAGUACUCAGCUGUGAAGUCUGUGGAAGUGAUUGUCCGAGCCAACAUCACAGUCAAGUCGUCCAUCAAAAACUUGCUGCUCAAAGAUGCCUCCACCAUGAUUCCAGUGAUGGUGUACUUGGACCCUGUGGCUAUGGUGGCAGAGGGCGUCCCCUGGUGGGUCAUCCUCCUGUCUGUGCUGGCUGGGCUGCUGGUGCUGGCACUGCUGGUGCUGCUGAUGUGGAAGCUGGGAUUCUUCAAGCGGGCACGCUAUCCGGAGGCCACUGUACCCCAGUACCAUGCGGUGAAGAUUCCUAAGGAAGAUCGACAACAGUUCAAGGAGGAGAAGACGGGGACCAUCCUGAGGAACAACUGGGGAAGCCCCCGGCGGGAGGGCCCCGACGCACACCCCAUCUUGGCUGCUGACGGGCACCCUGAGCUGAGCUCCAAUGGUCAUUCUGUGCCCAGCACCGCCUAGCUUCCUCUGCCCCUGACUUGUCGGCUCUGCCAUGGCUUCCCCUGAGAUGGCUCCUUGGGAGAAAGAGGGCUGAGCGGGUAACUGGUAUCCCCUCAGGAUCUGAUGCCUCGGGGCCAAAGACCUCUCCCCCAUGAGGACUGCUCCCUAAAUCCCACCACAAAGUGCUAUGAGAUGAGAGGGGAUGGGUGGGUGGGUGACAGGGGCAGCUAUGUCCUGAUGCAGAGGUGGGGCGAAGGGACCCUAGUCCUGCCCUUUCCUUGCCAAUGUCUGUGUAAGAGAAUCCCAAGGCUCUGUCUCCUCGAAAGUGCCUUAUUGUGGAGGUCUGGGGAGGUGGCUUGCUGAAUCAGGGCCUCUUUCCUCCCUAGCAUCCCCUCUCCUCUGACCUUAGUUGGCUGCAUCAAUCUAAUGGUUUUUGUCUAUUUAUUAAAAAAUAUUUGAGAGUGAAA